AUAAAACCGUGAUUUUUUCCAAUCAAUCUCCCAUAAAUCAAUGUACUUUGCAUCAAAAGUGCCUUCUAGAGUGUUCAAGUGUCUUUUUCCGCUGCAAUAUCGCCAAAAGUGACUGUCUUUCUCUCCGGAGAGAUACUUUCUUUCGCGGGAAUCGAAUGAAAGUCUCCACUAACCUUUCCCACGAAUUUUUCUUCGCAAGCAUCAGUUCUGCGAAGUUCAGCGAUAUCAACUUCCUGUCCGGAACAAAUAGAUACAGUGUGAACAUCAACAUCUCUGCUUCAAUGUGCACAAAGGAGAGCCAUUCAAGAAGUCAAACUUGAACUCUCGGAAUUGCAUCAAGCGUACACGAAGUUUCGGCAAACAAGGAAAGUGAAUAAUGUUCAGCAAAUUUGGCAGUUGUGGUUGGAAGAGUUGUGGCUGGAGGGGAUUUUUCAGAGCACCGCUGCGGAAAUUCCAUCAUAGUCUGAUAGAUGUUGCCCCGGAAGUUUCUCAGGCGCUGCAGAAUGCAGCACCAAUUGUGGCGCUGGAGUCCACAAUCAUCACACAUGGAAUGCCUCAUCCGCAGAAUCUGGAGACGGCGCUGGCUGUGGAGGAUAUUGUGCGAGCUGAGGGCGCCAUUCCGGCAACGAUUGCAAUUCUCAAUGGGCGCAUCAAGGUGGGUCUCAGCGGGGAGGAGUUGAGGCUUCUCGCCUCACCUGAGAUGAAGGCAAUUAAGACGUCCCGUCGCGAUUUGGCCCACAUUGUCAGCACAGCGGGGUGUGGGGGCACAACUGUGGCCGGCACCCUGAUUGUGUGUAAUGCCGUGGGCAUCCACGUCUUUGCCACAGGUGGCAUUGGUGGUGUUCAUCGCGAUGGACACAUUACAAUGGAUGUGUCGGCGGACUUGGUGGAGAUGGGAAGAGCGCCAGUUGCUGUUAUAUCGAGUGGCGUGAAGUCCAUUCUCGACAUUCCACGUACUCUCGAGUACUUGGAGACGCAAGGUGUGUGCGUGGCCUCGUGGAAGUGUCCGGAAUUGGAUUUUCCGGCAUUCUAUACGCGCAAGAGUGGCGAAAAAGCCACCAUCAAUUUCAAUUCGCCUCUCGAAGCGGCCAAAUUAAUUGAUGCGUCGCUCAAACUGGGUUUGAAAUCAGCGAUUUUAAUUGGCGUUCCCAUUCCUGAGGCUUUCGCGAUGAGCGAGGAGUCGAUCAAUGAAGCCAUAGAGGGUGCAUUGCGAGAGGCGAGCAGUGCUGGUGUUGCUGGAAAAAUGGUGACCCCUUAUCUGCUGAGUGUCAUUGCAAAAAUCACAGAGGGACGGAGUUUAGUGGCAAAUAUGGCAUUGAUAAAGAAUAAUGCCAAAAUUGCUGCACAAAUCGCCGUUGAGCUGAGCGGCAUUGGGAGGGGAAUUAACGCAGCGCCAAAUGCGGCUGAAUGUAAUUCCCAUAAAUAUUGCCCGACCAUCAUCGGUGGUUCUAUUGUUGAUAUUGGCUACACUGUUCUUGGCGAUGUGGAUAUUCAGAUGAAUGGUGCCACAUACAGAGCGGAGACGAAAAUAUCAGCUGGUGGCGUUGGGCGAAACUUGGCGGAGGCCAUCAGUAAGCUCCAUGGGACAGCGCGCUUCAUUUCGGCCGUGGGCGCGGAUCAAAAUGGUGCAUUUAUCCGCAGUCUUAUGCCGAAAAUAUGCACAACAGACGCUCUAAUUGCCGAUCGCGCUCAUCCCACGGCCACUUGUGCCGUUGUCCUGGAUUCGGCUGGCGAUUGCAAAAUCGUGGUGGGCGAUAUGCAAAUUCACUCCUCCAUCACGCCGGAUUUGAUUAAGAGGAAUGAGCAGAACAUUGUGGACAGUCCAAUUAUAGUAAUUGAUGCAAAUCUCACCCACGAAACCAUGGUGAUGUUGCUGAAGUUGUGUCAAAAGCAUAAGAAGCCCGUUUUCUUCGAGCCCACGGAUAUGCUUAUCGCCUCGAAGCCUUUUGAGCUUGAUCAGGAACUCUAUGGAGCGAUAAAAUUCAUUUCUCCCAACAUCCACGAAUUGGGCGCCAUUGGGAGAUUCUUCGGAGCCACUGAAGUGUCUUUCACUGAGAUUUCCCGCCUCCAGGAGCGAAAGGAAGUGCUGGAAUUUACUGAGGAGAUGAGCAAGGCCAUCCUGCCACACGUGGACACAAUUCUUCUCACUCUGGGACGUCAUGGAGCCUUCGUGGCGACGAGAAACUCUCCUUCUUCAGGAUUCUUCAGUGAUGGUGUCUGUCCAACUUAUGCUCCAAGCAUGGGAAAAGCCACUGGGAGAUUCUACGCGGCAGAGGAGAUUCUCAACGUCGUGAGUGUCUGUGGAGCUGGAGACAACUUCGCCAGCGGAUUUAUCGCGGCAAUGCUGAAGGGAGAGAAGGAAGGAGUGUGCGUUUCUGUGGGAUUUGAAGCGGCCAAACUCACUCUGGGAUCAUCCAAGACAGUUCCGGACACUCUUUUUGACCACAAUCACCAGUGCUGGAAUCGCAGCAUCGUCUCAGAGGAGAUUUUCUGCCUGUAA